AUGACACUACAGUUACCGAUUAUCUUCAUUGUUUUAUUCUUUCGACUCUCCUAUUGUUCAUAUUGGAAUGAAAUCCCUCAACGAUGUAUUUAUGAUCGAAUAACCUUGUUUUCCUGUUGGAACACGACAUUUACUCGACCGAUUCCGUUGUUCAAUGAAUUAAAAUACACACUCGAAAAUCAUUACGUGCAAAUUCUGUAUACAGAUUUUCAAUUACCAUUGAAUGAUCUCUUCAGUUCUGUUGCAUCGAAUAUUGAACAAUUGACUUUAAUCAACAAUACAUUCUCAUCAUCGGUUGUGUACAAUCGAUCUACUAAGAUUUACUUUCGUCUUCUGCAAACAUUGACAAUUUCCGAUUCGAAAGGUUGGCAAUGGUUGCAAUUGAAUUCAUCUUAUUAUCCUCAAUUAAUUCGACUCGAUUUGUCGUUCAAUCAAUUCACCAAUCAAACUCCAUUGAUAUUCAACCGGAAAAAUUUUCAUGUUUUGAAAUCUUUGAAUUUAUCGCACAAUCGACUCGACUCGAUCGAAAAUCUAACGGGCGAUAUUUUGCACAAGCUCGAAAGUUUGAUUCUCUCACACAAUCCAUUGAAAAUCAUUCGCGAUAAAAUUCACGAAUUUCAAUCGUUGGUGUUUCUGGAUCUUUCAGCCACGUCGAUCAAACAACUAUUCGAUUUGAAAUUUUUUCCGCGACUAGAAGUCCUUGUGUGUCGUUCUUGUCAGAAGAUAUCGAUGAAUGAUUACGAACAAUUCCUGACAAAUUGUUCGGAUAUCAAUCAUCAAUUGACACUUGACCUUUCACAAACAAGUAUAAAAUCAGUGAAGAUUUUUAAUUCGUGUGUUAAAAAUUUGAUAUUAAAUGAUCAAAAUUCGCUGGAUUCAAUUUCAACAAAUGACUUCCGAUCGAAUACAAACCUCGAAACUAUUCAUAUUCGGAAGAUAAACAAGUUGAAUUCUAUCCAUUUGAAUGUUUACGACCGUUUAAGAUCAGUUGAUUUCAGUGAAAAUCUUGGUUUAAAACAAGUGCAACUUCAUCUAUUAUCAGAUUAUACUUAUCUCCAACGAUUGAAUAUCUCUCAGACUUCAAUGAACGAGUUUUCGAUUGAUUUCAAUCAAACAACGUUGAAAUAUCUUCAUAUUGAUCUUAUCGAUCUCAGUUUCAAUCAAUUGGAAACAUUAGAUUUCCUUAAAUAUCUCACAUUUUAUUCCUUAGAUGUAAGUUUCAAUCGAUUGAAGGUUAUUAACAUCAAUCACAUACAAUUUCGUCAGGGAAUGUAUGAAUUAUCCUUUAUGAACUCGUUGAAUCUCUCUUCCAAUCAAAUAGAGACGAUUGAAAUCCAUUGGAUGAAUGAAUCUCCACAUACAAUUGAUUUGUCUCAAAAUAAUCUUCAAUCUAUUGAAUUACAUGGACAAUCGACAUAUAAACUUCUUUUAAACAACAAUAGAAAUCUUUCCGUCACUCCAUCCACGUGUAAUAUUGAUCUACCUACAAUACAAUAUCUCGAUUUAAGUUCCAUUUAUUUCCAAUCCUUGAAAAAUCUGAUUUAUUUACAUAAUUUAUCGAAUAUUCACACGCUAAUUUUGAAUGACAAUCAACUGGAUAAAAAAUAUCGAACACUAAAUUGGAAUGUCUUCUAUCCUUGGCAUGAAAACUUAACUCAUGUUUCUCUUCGCAAUAUGUCCAUUGAAAACAUCGAUUCUGGUAUCGAUUUAAGUGAUUACUAUCAUUUAUUGACUAUAAAUUUCUAUGAUAAUGAUCUAAUCAAAUGUGAUUGCGGCUUACAACCAUUUGUUCAAUGGCUAAAGACACCGCCGCCGCCAUUAGCUGAUUUCUACGAACCUUUGAAAAAAGCGUUAUCUUUCGAUUGUCCCAUUUCGUUAAUGUACAUGUCAUGUGGCGAACGGAAAUCUUCAUCAAUAGUGUUUUACAUUCUUCUUACCAUAACACUUAUUCUCAUCAUUUCAGCAGUAAUUAUUACAUUAAUUUGUUAUAUGAAACGUAAACAACCGAAAUCUUAUCGUGCGAUGCCUGUCGAUAUGGAUUCUAUGAUUUUAAAUGAGACAGACAUGUUCGAGAAAAUUGAUGUUGCUUAUGAGACAGUCCACGACUAA